AUGGAUGAAAGUUUAUCUUUUACAGAGUUAAAUUUCACAGAUUCAGACAAUGAGAACAAUAUCACAACACCUAUCAGUCCAUCUACCACUUCAGAACAUCUGGAAAUAAAUCAAAAUUUAGCACAAAAUCAAGAUAAGGAUUUACAUACAAAAUUAAAUUCAUCAAAAUCUACGCCAAGUACUUCAUCAGUCCCUUCAACUCCAUUUACUGCCUCAUCUUCAAAAGCUUCAGAGCCUGCUCCAACACAAACUAAGAAUAAUAAUUUUUUAGAACUGACAAAUUAUGAACCAGAAGAAUUCGUUAAAGGCAUAUUCACUUUUGCAUUAGGCAUACUUUUUUUAAUAACAUCAUUAGGUUUAUUGGAUUUAAAAGAUUUGAAACAAGAAUAUCAAGAAUUUGUUAAAAUUUUAUUCUAUUCAUCAUUAUUUUUAUUUUUCAUCACUGGUACAAUAGUAUUUAGGUUACAGAAACACAUUGGUGGGUUUUUUUAUGUUUGCAUUUUGAUUGUGGCCCUUAUUGAAUUCCUCAAAAUGGCUAAUGUGACUUAUUGGAAUACUUCUUGGAAGAACACUAAUUUUGCAACUAAGAACUGCAAUUGUGGGUUCAAAUAUAGAGUCAAGCAUGGCAGAUAA